AUGGAUGGAACUGUUUCCGCAUUGCCUUCUGUUUUCAGACAAAGAUCAGAAGAAAAUGAGGUUCCUGAACAGGACAGAGGGGGCCUUUUUCCCAAGUGGAAGUUUCAGCAGCGGUGGAUGAAGAGACAGAGGAAGGUUCUCUCCUACACUUCAGGACUCCUCUCUCUCUCUCUCUCUCUCUCUCUCUCUCUGUCUCUCUCUCUCUCUCUCUCUCUCUCUCUCUCUAGUUAUGGUGUGUUAUUAUGGGAGCUGUUGACCGGAGAGUCUCCCUACAGAGGGAUCGAUGGUCUGGCCGUGGCUUACGGAGUCGCUGUGAACAAACUGACCCUUCCGAUCCCGUCCACCUGCCCUGAGCCCUUCGCUCAGCUCAUGUCCGAGUGCUGGGAUCAGGAUCCGCACCGCAGGCCCAGCUUCUCCUCCAUCCUGCAGCAGCUGAUGGCUCUGGAGGAGCAGGUGAUGCACGAGAUGCCGCAGGACUCCUUCCAUUCGCUCCAGGAGGACUGGAAACUGGAGAUCCAGGGCAUGUUUGAUGAGCUGCGGGCCAAAGAGAAGGAGCUGCGGUGUCGUGAGGAGGAGCUGAAGCGUGCGGCACUGGAGCAGAAGUCUCACGAGGAGUUCCUGCGUCAGCGCGAGCAGCAGUUAGCGCAGUGGGAGCAGGACGUGUUCGAGCGCGAGCUAUCGCUGCUCAUCAUGGACCUCAACCAGAACCAGAAACCCAACGUCAAGAAGCGCAAGGGAACCUUCAAGAAACACAAGCUGAAGGGGAAGAACGGAGAGAAGAUCAGCAUGCCGCAGGAUUUCAUCCAUAAGAUCACGGUCCAGGCAUCUCCGUGUUUGGAGAAGAGGCGUAAUUCUCCGGAUCUGGGAUCGCCGUCCAUCGGUCCACGCUUCCGAGCCAUACAGCUGGGUCCCAGUGAGAGUAAGUGGAGCUCGGUUUGGCCGCUGGAGACUCUUCCUCUCAAGCAGACCAACGGCGAGAGGAAAUUCACUCCUCAUCUGAGCCCCAAAAGCCCCAAGAGUCCAAAGAUCCUCCGUCUGAGCAUGCAGGAGAACAGUCUGUCGAUGAGAGCCAAACUCCUGGAGGUGGACAGUAACGAGAGCGAGGACUCCAGAGCUGAUUUUGAGGAGUACAGACCCAUCACACCAGAGUCCAGCCACAACGAGGGCUCUGAGAGCGAGGAGGGCUCGUCCCCGUGUGGUUCUCCCAGACCGGAUACCUCCGGGCCGGUGUGUCGAGGGAAGAGCACACACCGCGCUCUGCUCAGCAGCGCCGCCCUGCUGGCGUCCGUGGCUCUGGGCCGCUGUAUGGAGCCGCAGCACCCGCCCACUCCACCGCCGCGCACCUCGUCCCGGACACACCUCCCGGAGCCCGAGGUGGGGGAUCUGAUCAGCUUCAGCACGGACUCCCUGCCGCGGGGCCUUCUGGACUCGAACCCACGGGAUGGCCGGACCUCACACGCUAACGGAGACGCCGAGGGACCGCGGCAGAGCGGGGAGCGCAGGAGGAGGAACAGCUACGGACUCAGCUCCUCACAGCUCAUCUUGGAUCUCCCGCUGUGUCAGGACACGUUUGAGACCGAGGACAAGUCUCCGCUGCCGUUCGCCCUGUAUCCAGACCCUCGCUUGUGGAGCCCUAAAACCCGGCGUCUGGAGGUCAACAUCAUCCCUAGGCCCCGUCCAUCCCCUAACCGGCCCCGCAUCGACCCGUGGAGCUUCGUAUCGGCCGGCGUGACGGACAGAGCGGCCGCCAAGAGGGUCAUCAGCAGCCCCAGCAGCCCUCGACUGGGGUACCAGCCCUCGCCCACAAACCCCUUCACAAACUGUGACCCCUUCCCUUCCCCGGACUGUGACCCCUUCAUUCUGAGGGUCGACCCUGCUGUGAACUCUGACCAUGCCUCGACCUUUGACCCCUUCUCAACCCCAUUCCCCACCUCGCGCUCGGCGCCCUGCUCCACCAAUGGCAGUCCCAAUCUGUCCCUGCGGGUGGCGCCGCUGAACCCGGCCGACUCUCCGCUCUUAGACCUGAGCUGGAUGGGUGUCAGCCGGCCGCUCGACGGCCCCAAAGAGAGGGUCCAUCCUCACCGGAGCCUCGGCCUUAGUCCGUUCAGAUCCCCAGCGCCGCUCAGAGACGACCGGUUCUGAACACUGUCCUGCAAACGAGGGU